AUCACCAUAAAAGAUAAGAAGAAGAUCGCACAUUAAGUAAACAGUGUCUCCAUGAAAUGGGAAAUAAAAAGCUCACAAAGCAAGGCACAACAAACAUUAGAAUGGUUUGUAAUUUGUGUAUUGUGUUAUGUGCAUAUGGAAAGUUACUACUAUUCUGGCUGGCCUCUGGCUCAAUGCUACAACUCUGCACCAAACAGUGAUCAAUUAUCUCCUUUUUCAGUCCCAACAACAACACAACAAACACUCCCUCUUGUUGCUUCUUCUUCUUCUGACCAUGCAGCAGCAUCUCUUCAAUUUGGUGAGUUCCCUUCGUGGCCUGCACCCAUUGGAGCAGAAGUUAGAGCUGCAAGUGCUUCCAAGAGCCACAGCCAAGCAGAGAAAAGGCGCAGGGACAGGAUCAAUGCACAGCUUGCAACUCUCAGAAAACUCAUUCCCAUGUCUGAUAAGAUGGAUAAAGCAGCAUUACUAGGGAGUGUGGUAGACCAUGUGAAAGAUCUAAAGCGAAAAGCCAUGGAUGUUGUUAGCAAAGCCGUUACUGUUCCAACUGAAACUGAUGAAGUAACAAUUGACUACCACCAAUCUCAAGAUGAAAGCUACACAAAAAGAGUGAACAUAUUAAAGGAAAACAUCAUAAUCAAAGCUUCUGUUUGCUGUGAUGAUCGACCAGAACUGUUCCCUGAGCUCAUCCAAGUCCUCAAAGGGUUGAGACUCACAGCAGUUAAAGCUGACAUAGCCAGUGUUGGUGGCAGAAUCAAAAGCAUAUUGGUUCUUUGCUCAAAGGAUAGUGAUGAAGAUAAUAAUAGUGUUUGCCUUAGCACUCUCAAACAAUCACUUAAAUCUGCUGUGAACAAAAUUGCUUCGUUAUCUGUGGCAACAAAUUAUCCCUCUAGAAGUAAGAGGCAGAGGUUCUUCUUGCCUUCUCAUUACGUACAAUAAUUCAUUGCAUUUUUUUUUUUCAUUUUUGUUUUUAAAUUCUUAGAGGGGUCCUGUCAGUAGGUGAAAUUAUUGGUUUCAUUUUUCAACAUUUGGUUACUUGUCAGAUACAAAACUAAGGAAAGCGUAAGUGUUAGUUUUGUGCCUCCAAUUAUGGUAGGUUACACGGAAAUUAAUUAAAAAGAAGCUGGUUAAACAUA